AUGGCUCGUACCAAGCAGACCGCUCGUAAGUCAACAGGAGGUAAGGCUCCUCGCAAGCAACUCGCCACCAAGGCUGCCAGGAAGUCAGCUCCCGCCACUGGCGGCGUGAAGAAACCUCACCGCUACCGUCCCGGAACCGUGGCGCUUCGUGAGAUCCGCAAGUACCAGAAGUCGACGGAGCUUUUGAUUCGCAAGCUCCCCUUCCAGCGGCUAGUGCGUGAAAUUGCUCAGGACUUCAAGACAGACCUGAGGUUUCAGAGUUCCGCGGUGAUGGCUCUGCAGGAGGCAGCUGAGGCUUACCUUCUAAACAUUGCAAACUCCAAGAAAGAGACGGAGAAGUACACAACCGCGCUCGUCACCUGUGGCUGCGACAUUGAUGCCAUCGUAGCACUUCUCUGCCUCGAUGUGCAGGCUCUCUCACAAGCAGCAGUAUCCCUCACACACCACCACCUCUCUACUGCUGCUGACCCUGACGCCCUUGUGUUACACCUCGCCCACUCCUGUCCCCACACGAACCAUGCUUGUACAGGUGCCCAGCACCAUGGGUCGUGGCCUGACAGGAGUGGAUUGAAAUGUUCCACCUCCUAG